CAGGAUGCAGGUGUCAUUCGCCUGUACGGAACACAACCUCAAGAGCCGCAGUGAGGACCGGCUGUGUGGCCUCCGCACCGCCCCGCCACCGGGCGGUGGCGGGGGGAGCGGCCAGGGUAACGGCAACUACAACGCCCAGACCAAGACCCAGCUCCGGGAGCAGUCGGGGUCCCGGCUCGUCCCGCAAGGCCACGCCCACAUGAAGGAGGCCAUCGGCAGACACAGCAACAUGAAGUACAGGAACCUUGGGAAGUCUGGGCUACGAGUUUCCUGUUUGGGUCUAGGCACCUGGGUGACCUUUGGUUCGCAGAUCUCAGAUGAGAUGGCAGAGAACCUGAUGACCAUAGCGUAUGAGAACGGGGUGAAUCUUUUUGACACGGCAGAGGUCUACGCCUCGGGCAGGGCUGAGAUCACUCUCGGGAACAUCAUCAAGAAGAAAGGAUGGAGGAGAUCCAGUUUUGUAGUGACAACCAAGAUCUACUGGGGAGGACAAGCAGAGACAGAGAGAGGGCUCUCCAGAAAGCAUAUCAUCGAGGGUCUUCGAGGAUCCUUGUCCAGACUGCAGUUAGAAUACGUCGACAUCGUCUUCGCCAACCGUAAUGAUGUCAACAGCCCAAUGGAAGAAGUCGUGCGUGCAAUGACCUUUGUGAUAAACCAGGGCAUGGCAAUGUACUGGGGAACAUCCCGGUGGAGCGCCAUGGAGAUCAUGGAGGCGUACUCGGUGGCACGCCAGUUCAAUCUGAUCCCGCCCGUUUGCGAGCAGGCUGAGUACCACUACUUCCAGAGGGACAAGGUGGAAGUCCAACUGCCUGAGCUCUACCACAAGAUAGGAGUGGGAGCUAUGACCUGGUCCCCACUGGCUUGUGGGCUGAUCACUGGAAAGUACAGCGACGGUGUUCCAGACUGCUCCCGGGCCGCUAUGAAAGGCUACCAGUGGCUGAAGGAGCGUGUGAACAGUGAGGAAGGCCGCAGACAGCUGGCCAAAAUCAAAGAGCUCCACCUGCUGGCUGACAGAAUGGGUUGCACUGCUGCACAACUAGCUAUUGCCUGGUGCCUGCGUAGUGAGGGGGUCAGCUCCGUGCUCAUGGGCGUGUCGAACACCGACCAGCUCAUCGAGAACCUGGGAGCCCUGCAGGUGCUCACCCAGAUGACACCCCAGGCAGUGAGCGAGAUCGACUCUCUGCUGGGAAACAAACCUCACUCCAAAAAAGAGACGCGUGCAUGAAGAAAACGACGACGACAAGAUGGCGAGACAGAAAGAUGGAGACUGUGCCGAAUGCAGAAAGAGGAAUGCAAGAUGAGAGAGAGAGAAAGAGAGGAGGAGGAGGAGGACACCACCACACAGAGAGGAACAUCGCUUCUUUGCCCUCCUGCAUAACCAAUAAAACCUGCAUGUCUUCUGCAACAUUGUGCUUCCAGUAUUUGCGCACAACCGUUCUGCGCAUCUCUUUAUAUCUUAUAUUAACGACAACGAGAAAAAAAAAACACGGAUAUCCUACUCUGAGCUUCGACGACAACAAUAGCAUCGACAAAAAACAAACAAAAAGAUCACACAUGACACACGGCCAGGCUUAUUUCAUUUCUGUACAUGGACAGAGGGCGGUGUGUAUGCAUUUCAGUCUCUGUCUUCCAGGAAUAGAGUUGAUGGAACAGGGAUCGUUUGAAACAGAGAGACAUGAACAUGUGACUGGCAGCAACUCUAAACAAUCUCCUCCCUUUGCCCUCUCCCUCUGAGCAGAACAGAGACUAUUAUCCGAGACAGAAGAGCGGGAUCAUUUCACUGCCACAAUGCAAGAGGGAUACAAGAUUAAUCUUUCCUGGAUGGAUGCGUGAUUGAGUCUGUGUGCUGUGCAUGUGUUAGAAGAACGUAUGAAUGCGGAUGCUGUGUGUGUGUGUGUGUGUGUGUGUGAAUAUGAACCUAUGUGAAUAUUAUGUCUGAAUAUGUGUUUUGCACAGUACUGCCAGGCAAGACAUAUGCGAUCUAUUGUAUCUGGUACCAGGUGUAAUGACGUGCUAUGUGUAGCACUGUAUGUGUGUGUGUGUGUGUGUGUGCCUGUCUGUCUGUGUGUGGGUCUGUCUGUCUGUGUGUGUGAGUGUGAGAGAGAGCCUACUGCCAUUCUGUGGCACUGUGCAUCAGUAACAACACGAGUCUUCCUCCCCUCUCCCUUCCUAUUGUAAAACUGUGUUAAAACUGUGCGCAUGACCCUUUAAGAGAGAACAGGUUUCCCACGAGGGGUGAAGAGUGUUGGUAUGGCAUGGCUUUUUUUGUGGUAUAUAUGUACAUUCGCAGCACCUCAUCUGUAAACAGCCUCUGCCUUGUCUUUUUGCACUAACUAGUUCAGGGUCCAGAUGUAGAGAGAGUACUUAGGUCCUCUUUGACCUUAAGAUGGCAUUUAUGUUUUUAUGUAUGUGGACAAAAAAAACUAAAAAAAACAUUCUCUGCGAUGAUGACAAUGAGAAGAAUCCUCCGCCAUGCAGUUGUAUUCAUGUACACAUGAAUGAGUUAUCGAAUUUCAGCUACAGAUGGAGAAGAAAGUGUCCUCUCUGGUUGUAGAGACGGUAUUCAUAUGAGGGUAUCACUGGCGCUGCUGCUAAGUUAAUAGCUGUCAGAGACAAGCUGACUCACGCUCUGUGAUGGAAAACCAGCCACCAGACACAGCUUUUGCGUUCCACUGAACUACCACACUCAGUUUGUUUGUGGAAGUUCUACUACAAAACACAGUGAAGGGUUGCAUAAACAUGUUAGUUUGGUGAGGGGUGCCAUGUCUUGCGUACAAUAGACGAAGCUAUCUUUGAUCAUUUGGUAGAAUUUGCAAGUCAAUGUUGACAUCUAGAAGACUGCUUCCAUGUUUUUUUUUUCACUGUUUUUGUUUUGCGCUGUUUGUUUGUAGCAAAGGAUUCAUCUCAGCCGUUUGUGCCACUUUCUACAACUGAAGGAUAAUCAGGACUGAUUUGCAAGAAAGAAUUUUGUACAUGAAAAGGGUAACAUUAGAAAUCCAUAAUCUCAUGUGAAUCAAACAAACAACUGAGCUGUUUCAUAAUUUGUUGGUUAGUCCAUACGAACCAUGAAAACCGGGUCAUGUUCUAUCGAUUCAGUUUGUUGGUCUUUAGGUCAGUCCAUUUAAAUCAGUCUUGGCAUUCUGUAUGUAAUUUCCUUGUUGAGGUUAUUUUUGUCCACUCUGGUUCUCAGCCAAGUGUUAGUGUACAUAAUGACAACACACGAGAACUGGAUGAGAUAGAACCACACUAGAACCACGCUUCAAUCUGCUUUUUGAUCAGGAGCUUACCCGGAAUGGUAUGUGAAGUCACCAUGUUAAAGCAGUUGUGGAGGUUGAAAUUCCCCCGGCUACUGUGUAUCACUCUUAUCAAUGGUCAAGUCAGCAAUUCUCCUGUUACUGUGGCGACCAGUUCUGGUGUUUGUUUAUGUUCACAGUUGUCCAUGGCUUAUGUACUGUAAGUAAUGUACUUGAGUUGCUUUUGAAGAGAAGUCUGUUACGAAUGACAUUAGAGAUGCCAGAAUAUGAAAUAUUGCUUUCUAAUGUCAUAUUGUUUGCAGAAACAUAGUGAAACAGAAGGACAACCAACCAAUGUAUAUAAACAUUUACUGCACUCCUAAAUGCUAUAUAUUUGCCUGUACAUCUUUUAUUUUACUGUUAUGCAAGAAAAAGAGAAAGAAAAGAAGAA